AUGAUCAUUGCAUCUGACAAGACACCUGUGACGCAGCAUACUGGAGGACUUGAAAUGCACCCCAUUUUUGUCACCAUCGGCAACAUUCAGUCUGACGUGCGGAUGAGAGCAACAUGUCAUGCCUGGCGAUGUGUCGCAUACAUGCCGAUUCCCAAAUUUGUUGAUGUGCAUCCUGACUACCAAACCAUUCUAAGCCAGCGGCUAUUCCACAAGUGCAUGGACAUCAUCUUUGCAGACGUUAAGGUCGCAGCCAUGGUGGGCAAGUUCAUGCCCGAUCCAGCUGGCCAUGUAGGAUACUGCUUCACACCUUUGGUCGCAUACACUGUGGAUUUGCCAGAACAGCAAGCCAUCACAUGUGUCUCAAAGGUCGCUUCUCCUAUCAUGUUGGCCACGUCUCAAUCUUUUGGAACACGCCAUUUUUCAUCUGGAAAACGCGAGUCUCUACACCGGGAACAUCGGGACUUGCAAUGCACCUUGGUUCCUUCUAUCGCCGGGAUCGCCCAAAGCCCUGUUUAUUCUGACACCUUUGUUGAUUCUAUGGUCGCCUCGCUUGAAGAGUUUCAUAAUCACAAGCAUGCAAUAUUGGAUGCAGGUGCGAGACGAGGCACCAAAGGAACACUCGAUAACUUUAUCAUUCCAAAGCUUGAGCUUUUGCAGAGUUUCGCUUCGUUCACCAAGGACACCGGCACCCUCAUCCAAUGGACUGCUGACAUCACUGAGCGUCUUCUCAUUACUCACUGUAAACUCCCCUUUGAGAGGACAUCCAACCAGUCACGGACCUUCACGGAACAAAUCAUUGACAUUCUCAACCGUGAGGAGUCGCUGUGGCGAUUCCAGUUGUACCUGUUCCUACGGAUGCACGACUCCCCCCUUGCCAAUGCCAUCGUCACGGAAGAGCAAGAGGUCACUGAAACUGACCCUGCUCUUGCGUGGAUCACCUGUGUCGCACCUAAUGAUCUGAAUCAACGGUGUUUUGUCGGGCUGCAUCCAGUUCAAAAUCAUUUUUUGAAAGUUGCCUUCCAUGUUACCGUCACUCCUGAUCGAGCCAAGAUGUCUCUUGAUAAAAUCCAGCAGCUUUACGCAUUGCCAGAUUUUGGACAAGCGUUUUCUGAUUAUAAUGUGAAGGCUUCUGGUGGUCAAUUCACGACAACAUGGAGCCGUGAUCGUGGUCGCCUCAAGAUGUGGAAUAAGUUUUGCUUACAGCUGCAUUCUGUUUUUCACUUGCGGAUGAUCAUGCCUAGUCAAGUCAUGCAGGCUGCCCCACUGUCAGAAAAGUUUCCUCUGGGAAAUUGUGAUGCUGUGAUUAUGCAGUCGAUACAGGGCGACCAGACUGUAAAUCUUGUUGCUCAAGUCCGGGCAGUCUUCCAGCCCAUUGCACCUCGCCAUGUCACACUUCCCCACUACCUUGCAGACCAACUGCUCCUCUAUGUGCAGUAUUAUGAGAUUGUUGACAAUCCAGCCAAUCAACCUGCCAUCAGUAUGUAUACGGUUGCUCGAAAAUAUCGCGAAGGGCCCACAGGCCAGCGGAUGAGAUUGGGUGCAGUCAUUUCUCUCACAGAUGUCACGCAUGUGGUAGAGCUAAUCCCUGUGUACGGUAAAGGCGCUGACCAUAUGGAGGUAUACGAGCAUUUUUACCUAAACAAUUUCUCAGACAAGGAGGUGUAUCAUUCAUUGCACUCAGAUUUACAUUAG